UCAAACCUUUUACGCAUCGUUGUACGCACCAAUUCGAGUCUUGGGUGACGAGACCGGCAGCGGAGCGGUCCCGAUGGCGGCGGCCGAACCUCCUGCCUGCGCUUCCCGCCUCCGCCAUCUCGUCGAACUCAUCGAGCUCAAAGCGCACAAGGACCCCGUCGCCGCCCUUUCCCACCUUGACUCCCUCGCCGCCCACCAUCCCUUCUCAUGCCCCUCCCCUUCCCUUCUCUUCCGCCUCCUCCGCGCUGUCUCCGCCUCCGCCCCCUCCCACCUCCCCCGCCUCCUCCGCUUCCUCCGCCACCACCCCCGUUGCCCCCGCUUCUCCGAGGCGGCGGCCCUCGUCGCCCUCAAGGCAUUCUCCCGCGCUCUCAUGCCCGACGAGGCCCUCCGCACCUUCCGCUCCCUCCCCGACAUCUUCCGCUGCACGCCCGGCGUCCGCUCCCACAACGCCCUACUCGACGCCUUCGUCCGCGCGCGCCGCUGGGAUGAGGCCGAGUCUUUCUUCGCCUUUUUCUCCGCCCGCGCUCGCGUCCGCCCCAACCUCCAGACCUACAACAUCCUCAUCCGAGGCCUCUGUGCUCGCGAACAGCUCGACCGGGCGCUGGAGCUGCUCCAAACGAUCCGGUCUGGCGGUAUCGAGCCCAACCGCGUCACCUACAGCACCCUUAUGUGUGCCCUGAUCAAAAGAGGUGAUUUGGACAAAGCACUCGAGGUCUUCGAUGAAAUGUGCGAUAGGAAGGUGGCUGCCGACGUUGUAUGCUACAAUGUCCUGAUCGAUGGGUUCUUGAAGAAUGAUGAACUCGACAAGGCUAUGGAGAUGUGGAAUCGAAUGGUGAGCGACAGGGCAGUUAGUCCGACCGUGGCGACCUAUAAUGUGAUGUUGAAUGGUCUAUGCAAGCUCGGCAAGUUCAAUGAGGUGAUGGAGCUGUGGGGUCGAAUGGUGGCGAACAGCCACCGUCCUGAUUCCUUCACCUAUGGAAUUCUGAUUCAUGGAUUAUGUGAGUCCGGGAAUGUGGAUGGGGCAUCACGAGUCUACACAGAGAUGAUGAAGAAUGGGCUUGUUCUUGACACUGUCACCUGCAAUUCUCUGCUUAAUGGCUUCUGCAGAGCAGGGAGGUUGGAGGAGUCUUCGAAGCUGUGGGAAUCAAUGCAAAGUGCAGGGCACUGUAACACUGUCAGUUACAACAUUCUGAUUAGAGGCCUCUUUGAGAAUGGUAGGGUAGAAGAUGCUAUCAUCCUCUGGGAACAGUUGCAGCAGCAGCAACAUAAGGCUUUGCGUCCAGAUUCAGUCACUUAUGGUGUUUUGAUACAUGGGUUAUGUGAGAAUGGGUACAUUAACAAGGCAUUGCAAGUACUGAAGAAGGCAGAAGAAGGUGAAGAUAAGAUUUUGGAUGUCUUUGCAUAUACAUCUAUGUUAGAUGGUCUCUGUAAAGACAAGAGAAUCGAUGAAGCUAUUUGCGUUUACAAUCAAAUGGCUAAAUGUGGUUGCAGACCAAACUCGCAAACUCACAAUGCCCUUAUAAGUGGCUUCUGCAGAGUAUCUAAGAUCUCAGAAGCCAUCCAGUUUUUCAAUCAGAUGCAAAGCAGUGGUUGCUCUCCUACUAUUGUGACAUACAACGCCCUUAUCGGUGGUCUGUGUAAAGCAGAAAGGUUCUUUGAAGCUUCUGUGUUUACAAGGGAAAUGAUGGAGAAAGGCUUCAAACCUGAUACAAUCACAUACAGCUCGUUGAUAGAUGGUCUUUGUCGAGAUAAGAAGCUUGAUGCUGCUCUUGAUAUUUGGAACAGAGUUUUCAAUAUGGGAGAUGGAGCUGAUGUCAUUAUGCACAACAUUAUCAUCCAUGGUCUUUGUUCUGCUGGGAAAGUGGAAGAAGCCUUACGUGUUCAUUCUGAGAUGAAACGAAGAAACUGCAUGCCAACCUUGGUCACCCAUAAUACGCUCAUGGAUGGACUUUAUGAAUCUGGUGAUUGUGAAAAAGCAUCGACUGUAUGGAUUGAGAUGCUAGAAGUGGGAUUGGAGCCAGACAUCAUCUCUUACAACAUAGCUCUCAAAGGCCUUUGUUCAUAUAACAGGACGUCGGAAGCGGUUCAAUUGUUGCAUGAUGCCUUGAGCCAUGGCAUAAUCCCAUCCACCAUUACAUGGAGUAUACUUCUUAGGGCAGUGAUGAAAGAAGGUCCUGCUCAAACAUGAUGACUAUGAAGUUCUGCCUCAAGGUCAAGUGUACAGUCUACUAUUUGGCUUCACCUUGUAUGUAUGCCAACUAUUAAUUAACCUCCAAUCUAACAUUGUCAUUAGCAGCUUAAUACAGAGACCAGUUUCUGACACAUCAAGUUAGCAACCAUCUCUGCUUUUCCUUGGCUCAAGUUGCAGCAAUAUUUUUCUUUAGCAUCCGGGUGUGUGACUCAAUGUGACUCAAUUACACAACUUUCAACACCAACAACAAAGCCGUUUUAAACAUUGACUAAACCGCCCACCAUGGGGCUCAAACCCAUGGUCACAAGGUUAAGAGCCUUGCACUCUACCGACUGAGCCGGAUGGGCUUGUUCAGUUGCACAAAGUUGGGAAUGUCUCAUCAGAAUCACAACUGGAUUCAAAAGCAACUUUAGCUUGUAUGUAGCAAACUACAAGAUAUUCUUUCUAUGGAUUAUCUACAUGCAUCAUUUCAUCUUCAACUCUGGGCACACAACAUGCUGCACCGCAAUACUGAUAUCAAAUUGGUGAGCUGUUAUCUACUCCUAGAUAUUUGGCUUUUCCUGAUAUCAAAUUAAUCGUCAAUGGCAGGCUGUUCUCCCAUAUGAACCGAGAAAGCAAGCCCGCGCAUUAUCAGCCAAAUGCUGCAAGUUUACACCAAUUCAACUCGUAAUAAUCAAAAAGAGCAUUGCAGAUCAUGGCCGCAAGCAAAGCCAUUAGCACAGGUCUGAAUAUCUUGGCAAAUUAUGUGAAAGCAUGUACCAGACGCUCCAGGUGCUCUAAUAUCUUCUACAAGCCAAGCAAGAGAGUACUAUUAUUUAUUUAAGAAGGCUUCUCUGGUGUCAGAGACGCUGACAUUGGCUUCCUCAAGCUUUUGGAGUGUUUUUUUUCCAGCUUGAAUGAUCUUGGCAUUUUCAUCCUCUGCAAAUGGACUGGGGAGCAAUGUUCAUUGACAAGGUGGUGAGAGAGAUCCUUUGGAUGUUCGAGUGGUGGACUGACUGAUUAGUGAAUUUGUAGCUGUUCUUUGCUUUGAGAAGAUAUCCUAAUGCAAGGAUAAUUGUUGCAAUCUUAUGGUAAAAAGCUAAGAGAUGGUGUUGGCCUGGCAGCAGAAGGCUAGGGAGUAUCCUCGAAGUUUUGGUCUUCACCUAUUUAUUUUCCUGGUGUGAAGGAACACUUCUGAUGUGCCUAUCGUUUGGUAUGUAUGGUUGACAAACCAUUAAACUUGUAACACCUCUGAUUAGUCCCACAUCGAAAGUGAACAAAACUAAAAUUGACUUAUAAGAGUUUGAUAAGUGUAUUAUUAUCAAUUUCAGCUUAAGUAUUUUGAUCA